CAAAUGUUCUAUGAAAAGUGUUGUAUUCUUCUGUUUCAGAUAAGAAUCUUAAUAUCUCCCACCAGAGACUGUUAAUCCUCAAAUCCUCAUUGAAGGUAUUGUACCUCUCCUUGAAAUCCACGGCGGUGAAUAUGACCUGUCAAGGCCGCACUUAGAAAUCGAUGCAUUCUGUAUACUGAUAAAUGUCAUUGGUAACUAUAGACAGGUCGCUCAUAGCAUCAGAAAAUGACUGUGAGGAAAUUACUGACGGAGAUAAAAUUGAGUCAUCCUCUAGGAGCAGUCAAAGCGAAGACUUCCUGAUGUGCAAGGGAACAGCUGUUGGUCUAAAUAUUCACUCAAGAAGGAGGUCAAGCUGUAUCAAAGCCAAUGAUGAAAUUCAGGAUCACUUGAAAAGAAUAAUUGCUCUGCUUAGGUUCGGUGAUUACAUUCAACUGAUUGUGAAGCUUCAGAGUGCUAACCCUAAACCUCAUCAACACAGAUAUUGUUGUAUAAUAUCUACCUUUGGAAAGCAGGAAACUGAGGAGUCAUCUAUCUUGGGAGUGGACAUUACUGACGGGCGAGCUACUGUUGGAUUAGUUCUGUCUAUAUGGCAAGACAUGUCAAUAAAUCUAUGUGGAGAUGGGGGAUUCGAAUUAAUCACCAAAGAUACUGUCAAGCAAUUCAAACCCGUUUCUGUACAAGCUUUGUGGGCUGCGUUUCAAGCUGUGAAUAAAGCCUGUCAAGUGGCUCGUGCUAAUGCUUAUUUCUGUCGUGGCUUCACUCAUGACUGGGUCAAUUAUUAUCAUAGUUUACCAGCAUCAUCUACUCAACAGAUACAAGAAUGGCUUAAAACAGAUGAUAUUGAUGGAUUUAUUCAAUCGUUAUCGCAUUCUUCCCUUUCUGAUGGUGCAACUGAUGAAGAAAAAGAAUGUGCUAGAAUGGAAGCACUGAUUCGUGUUAAACUACAGGAGAUUAUGUAUUCUGUUGACCUAGAAGAAGUAACUGUCCUUCAACUGCGUGAACGCUUAGAAGAAGAAUUGAAACAACCAUUACGUGCAUAUCGUCAUUUUAUUGAAAAACAAAUUUUAACUAUCUAUGGACAAAUGGAUGAAGCCAGUGUAAUAUUUGAUCAUGUUCUAUUAGGUACAACAUUUAAUGCAUCAAAUCGUGAUGAACUAGAACGGAGAAAUGUUACACACAUCUUGAAUGUUACUCGUGAAAUUGACAAUUUUUUUCCUGGAGAUAAAUUUGAAUAUAAAAAUAUUCGUGUAUAUGAUGAUGAACAGUCAUCAUUGUUACCGUAUUGGGAAGAGACACAUCGAUUUAUUAAUGAAGCAAAGGUUUUAGGUACACGAUGUCUUGUUCAUUGUAAAAUGGGAAUUAGUCGUUCAGCAUCAACGGUAAUCGCAUACGCUAUGAAGGAACAUAAUUGGGAUUUAGAGACUGCUCUAUCUUUUGUUAAAUGUCGUCGUCCAUGUGUACAGCCAAAUCCUGGUUUCAUGAGAGAAUUGUAUACAUAUCAAGGAAUUCUUGAAGCAAGUUCUAAUCGACACAAACCAAUUUUUCACAAUGAUCAAAAUAAACCGAAUAAAAUGUCACCCCCGGGGAAUACAUCAACAAACAGUACCAAUAUUAGUCAACAGAACAGUAAUGUGACCAGUUCCUUGUCAAAUAAUCCUGGUGAUAAUCAUCAAAAUCACCGUAAUGAUGACGAGGUAACUGGUGGAAAUUCUCCAACCCAUGAAGAAUUUGAACAAAAUGGAAGUACUGCUAGUACAGCUGCAGACGGAAAUCUAUCAGUAGAUUCUUCAUCAUCAGCCACUGGUAAUGAUAGUUCAUCCAAUAGCACAGUCAAAAAUGAAGUAACUCGUAAUGGAGCGGUUGAUUUAGAAAAAGAAUUGUUUGCAUUCAAACGUUUAAGUAUUCCAUCGAUUACAAUUACUAAUACUACUACUACUACUACUACUGCUGGUAGUACCAACAUCCCGCCUUGUAAUUCUUUGAAUAUGACGCCAAAUGGUGAACAAGAGCAACAGAAUCACAUGUCAAUGACAUUAUCAGCCUGCUGUGAUACCACUACAUCCUCAUCAACAUCAAUGAAUCGACCAGUAAUUUUGUGGGAUUUUGAUGAUAGUGAGAAAGGUAUUUCAGGUAUUUCUAAUAGUACAAUUGUUGCAAAAAAUUCUCAUUGUUUACGUCACUGGCAUCCAGAUGUUUUCGAAAAUAUUGACUGUUUUGAUAGACAACGGUUAUUUUUCAAUUUUAAUUCUAAUUAUUAUAAUUCACACAAGAAUACAUCUCUAUCAGUAUCACCCAGCUCUUCUUCUCCUUCUUCUAUCACUCCAACUUCACCAUCUCAAUUACAAAUUAAUCAGUUGAAUUAUGCUAACCUUCUAUCAGCUACACCAAUAGCUUGGGAUUAUGCCAAUGAAUUAAGAAUUACACCUCCUCUAGAACAGAAUGCAAAGUCGUCUAUAAUCCCUUGUAAACCGAUGAAUAUUCCAUUAGUGACCUGUUUACCAGUUUCACAGGCAACAAUUUUAUCUGAAGAAGAAGAAACAAUAGAUGAGUCGGUAGUAGAACAAGAACUGGAUAAAAGUAACUAUAACAGAAACAUUGACAACGUGGAAGAAAGUUCAAAGAACGCCGUCCCUAGAAGACUAUCUCAUGUUUUACGUAUGGUAUCUAAAUUAUCUGAUUCGAACUUAUUCUCUGCAUCUUUGAAUCAAAACGCGAAAGAAAAAAUCUCAGCACCGUGUGAGUCAUCAUAUAUCCCGCCAAUAAAAUGGGAAAGAAGUAAAUCUGUAAAUUCUUCCAACACAUGUACUGCUAAUACUUCUGGUAGUAGCAAUAACAAUAAUGGUAUGAAUACAUCUUCCACCUCACCAGUUCACCUUCCUCGUGUAGUAGUAACAAAUUCAGAUGUGUCCACUGCACCGCCGAAUGCAAAUCUAGAUAGUAGUGUUAAUACUGAAGUUCCAGUUGGCGAAGAUUUAUGUAAACGAAAUCCUAGUAUUUCAAAUGUAAAAAUGCGGCAUAUUGAACGGAGAAAAUCUUCCUAUGCUGACCUACUUGUAACAACAGAUAGUCGUACUACGACAAAUAAUGUUGUCAUUCUUCCAGAACGUUCUCACUCAACACGGUCAUCAUAUCGUACAUCAUCACGUCUUCGACCUGAUGAUAGCUGGAUUAUGAAUUGUAACGAUUGUGGCAAUGAUACCGUUUUUUCAGAUUCUGGUAAUCCGACCAGUACUAUCACUACUGAGGCGAUAGCAACAUCUACCGUAGUUAUUACUUCAUCGGUAACUCCGUGUCCAGUUCUCAGUCCUUCAUCAUCAUCUUCUACAGCAUCUUCAUCCUCAUCGUCAUUGUCUUCAUCUCCAUUGUCAUGUUCCAAAAUGAAUACUCUUCAUAACUCUUCCCUAUCACUUCCUCUACACACAUCUAAAAAAGAGUCUGUUUCAUCCACUGGAGGGAUUUUCAAUCCACUCAACUGUUGUAAUACAACAGAAUCUCAGUUCAAGGUAUAUGCUUGCGAAAAUCAACCUUGGUUACAAACUCGUUCAAAAUCACAAGAUAGAAUAAUUUGUAAAAGUGCUUGUGAAAAGCUAGAGUCCAACUGCUGCACUGCAAGACGUCCUCCUGUUUUUAUGAAUAAACCUCCCACGGUGACGAAAAAAACUACAAUACCUACGGUAACGCCUGCUAGCAUCAAUAGUGAUGGUGGCAGUAUUUUCUCUGGAAGUCCAUCGAAUCCUGUUUUACUAAUGCUAAAUUCAGUGAACACCUCCAAUUCUACCUAUUAUGAUAACAAGAAAUCAGAUUAUCUUCCAGUCAAUUCAUUUCGACCGCUUCGUCGUGUCAUAAAUUGGCCUCCACGAUCAGUCGAUCCAUUAACAGCAACUGAAUCUUAUUGUUCAUAAUCUACGAAUUAUAUAUAUAUAUAUAUAUAUAUAUAUAUAUAUAACUUGCUUUUCAUUCCUAUUGGUUCACACCUAUUCUCCAUUGGAGAAGUAAGUAAGUACUUAGUUAUUUUAUUGUUGGCCUUUACUGCCGAGGAUGACAAUGUCGACGACGCUGUAUACAGUAUUCUAUGCCUCUGUUUCUCCUGUAUAUCAAACAGUUUAAUUAUCAUAAAUCUUUAUUAUUGAGAAUUAUUCCUGUUCUUACUAUUUGAUUGAGAGACAGUUUCAGAUCAUUUAACACAUAUAAAUAUCUAUGUGUGUGCGUUUGUCUCCUUCUCUAGAGUAAGUACUCUUCUAUUGUUGUACCUUAUUUUGAUGUUGUUUAUUUUUCAACAAUGUAUUAGUGGUGGUGGUGGUGUUUAUUUUGACGUUUACUUCAUUGUGGUGAGUGAAACUCAUAUAAACAUAACCCUCCACUCGCCCACCUUCCCCACCCCCCACACACAUACUAAUCAGCUGUUUUAUAAUAUCCCUGUUGUGUUUCUUCUCGUUUCUCUCUUUGUCUUCUUAUUAUAAGCCAAGAUACACACACUCAAACAUACCCCGGCUCAAACUAACUGGCUUCAAGUCAAGUAAUUAAUUAGCUGACUUCAUUUCUGGUUUGUUGUUAGUCUUUAACAAAUAAAAAAAAAUUGUUUUUCUUUAUCUCUUUUGAUUUUCUGUUUUAUUUGGUUUGGCUUUUUUUUCUCUUAAUUUCACUAUUUCCAAUAUUAUUAUUAUUAUUAU